AUGAAUCAGGUUAAAUUGAUUUUACUAAACUUAUUAUUUUAUCAUCUAUUUGAAAAAGAUUAUUCUGAGCUCAUUUAAGAUCAAGCUUUCCGCUAUUUGAUAUAGAUUGAAACGGCACCUUUUUCAGAUAAGAAGUAUAGGGAAUAAUUAGAGGAAUUCAAAUUUAUAAUGAUGAAUGGUAAGAAAUUUUGA